AUGAGAAAGAAUCCAAUCAUUCAUCACACUCAACAAUCAACUAUAAAUAAGAAAUCUCUUACACAACUCUCUUACCCAUCAAAGCAAUUUGGAGGAAGCAGACAUGUUUCCUAUAUUGCUGAUGGUGUGUCUGAUAUGCAAGCUGGAAUGGAUGUGGCCAACAAACACAACUCUGGUGGUGGUGGUGGUGGAAAGGGUGGCAAGGGUGGAGGUGGUGGUGGCGGUGGUGGUGGAAAGGGUGGUGGCAAAGGAAAUAAUAUUGACAUUGACAUUGACAUUGAUAUUGGUGGUAAAUAA